UGGGGGGUGGCGGGUGGGGUGGGACAAACAUCGUGAUCAAAUAUUAAAUCGGGAAAAUCAGCCGGGCCAGCCAUGCCCUCGCAGCCCCUCCGAGAAGCACCGUCACAAGGCAGCAGGCUGAAUCAAUGGUUAAGCCCGGGGAGAUUUGCUCUGCCGCAGCUUACUGGAAAGCAGCUUGUGGCAUCAUAGACAUUCACACAAUGCCUUAUUUUACAAGACUCAUCUUGUUCUUGUUUUGCCUGAUGGUUCUUGUGGAGAGCAGAAAGCUCAAGAAGAGGAGAUGGACAGGGCAGCUGGAAAUGCCCAAGCCAAGUCACCUAUACAAGAAGAACCUCGACGUGACCAAAAUCCGCACAGGAAAACCUCAGCCGCUUCUCAGAGUGGAUGACCACGAUUUCACCAUGAGGCCCGCCUUUGGAGGCCCUGCCAUCCCAGUAGGCGUGGACGUGCAGGUGGAGAGCCUGGACAGCAUCUCGGAGGUGGACAUGGACUUCACCAUGACCCUGUACCUGCGGCAUUACUGGAAGGACGAGAGGCUGGCCUUCUCCAGCACCAGCAACAAGAGCAUGACCUUUGAUGGCCGCCUAGUAAAGAAGAUCUGGGUCCCCGACGUCUUCUUUGUUCAUUCCAAAAGGUCAUUCAUCCACGACACUACCACUGACAACAUCAUGCUGAGGGUGUUCCCGGACGGGCACGUGCUGUACAGCAUGAGGAUUACGGUCACAGCCAUGUGCAACAUGGACUUCAGCCACUUUCCCCUGGACUCCCAGACCUGUUCUUUGGAGCUGGAAAGCUAUGCCUAUACAGAUGAAGAUCUGAUGCUGUAUUGGAAGAAUGGGGACGAGUCCCUGAAAACAGAUGAGAAGAUUUCCCUGUCUCAGUUUCUGAUUCAGAAGUUUCACACCACUUCCAGACUGGCCUUCUACAGCAGCACCGGCUGGUACAACCGUCUGUACAUUAACUUCACGUUGCGUCGUCACAUCUUCUUCUUCUUGCUCCAAACCUAUUUCCCUGCCACGCUGAUGGUCAUGCUGUCCUGGGUGUCCUUCUGGAUUGACCGCAGAGCAGUGCCCGCCAGAGUUUCACUGGGUAUCACCACGGUGCUGACCAUGUCCACCAUCAUCACGGGCGUGAACGCCUCCAUGCCCCGCGUGUCCUACAUCAAGGCCGUGGACAUCUACCUGUGGGUCAGCUUUGUGUUCGUGUUCCUCUCCGUGCUGGAGUACGCGGCUGUCAACUACCUGACCACGGUGCAGGAGCGGAAGGAACGGAAGCUGCAGGAGAAGUGUGAAAUGCCUCAGUCAAGAACCAUGAUGCUGGAUGGAAGCUACAGUGAGUCUGAGGCCAACAGCCUGGCCGGGUACCCGAGAAACCAUAUCCUGACAGAGGAGGAAAGACAAGACAAAAUAGUUGUCCACCUGGCCCUAAGCAGUGAAUCCAACUCCUCCAGGAAGAAGGGGCUUCUGAAGGGCCAGAUGGGUCUUCGCAUCUUCCAGAACACCCAUGCCAUUGACAAAUACUCCAGGUUGAUAUUCCCCGCCUCCUUCAUAUUUUUCAACUUAAUUUAUUGGUCAGUGUUUUCCUAGGGGCUCCGAGGCUGUGCCUGGGAAAGGGCAUAGACAUCUCUGGGGCCUGGCCAGCCGUCCACGUAUGGACCUGCUGACCACGCUCCCCUCACCAGACAUCGCAGCAGCUCCCGGACCACCAUGAGCGGCGCCCCAUCUCUCAGAGGAGCCAGGACCCCUCCAGAUGCACUUCCCCAGACCUCAUGGGUUUGCUCCUCACUCAUGCUGUGUUCUGUGUUCCACUUCAUGCCUCUCUGAGACUGACUUCCGUUCUCGUGUUUGAACAGGUGCACGAGAGCCCCCUUCCUAUAAAAAAAGACUCACCUGCCUCUCAGAUGUUCUAAGACCCUUCUGAAGCCUAGGAUUCAGUUGCAAAGGGGAAGGGAAAAAUGAAGAGCAAGCUUAGGGGCAUUCUGGAUAGGAGAUGGGAAAUUAGGAUUCAAAAUAGGUUUAAAAUAUCUGUGAACCCAUACAACUGGAUUAAGUGCCUACUUAGGAAGGAAAAAACUCAGAUCCCAAAUAAGAAAUGAUUUGACCUG